UACAGGAGAGCGCCCCAGCAUUCCAGUGAACAGUCAGCUACCGGUCCACGAGCAGUCACUGAGAGGGAAGUCGCUAGGCAAGUCGCUUUCCCCUAACUACAGCUUUAGUUGUGGCUUGCUUCUAUUCUCUCAGCAUAAGUUCGCACGAACGCCAGCUACGAUUGCUCACUUGCCUUUAUUUAGCUACAGCUUGAAGUCUUUAGAAUGCUGACGUCAUUGCAAAACGAAGACAGUAGUGACAGAACGUAUUAGCGUGAUUGUUCGGCCAUUCUUAUGACGAGGGGAAUGGAGGAGCAACAUCUGUCUAUAGUGGUGGAGUCACGAAAUGGCCAAGGCGCUGCGGGACAAUCGACAGCUUACGGGAUCGCGACAAUGCGCGACGUCGCAGGCGACGCCGCAGGCGAGCCGCAAGCCACACGCGACGGCGUUACUACUCCGUCGUCGUGCGAUGAGCCGACAGGCGGAGACGGACUCGCCGCCGUCGCCGGCGGCGUUUUGACUGACCGGUCGACUAACCGGCGCCAGCGGCGGACUCCUUGGAGGACGCUAACCGGCAGAGCGUCAGAUGACGCGUCAGCAACAAACUAUCAACUGGAACGGAAAGGGCUGUGGCGCGGAACUAGCAGCUCGUGUAAUUCGUGGGCUCUUUGCGGCGCCGCACACGGCCAAGUCACCGGGGAGUUCAGCAGCGACGAUCGCGGCGACAUCGGUGGCGGAAGCUCUUCGCGCCGCGGUCUGUUCACGACGACGCUCUCGGGAGGAAGCAGCGGAAGCGGAAGCUACGGGAGCGGAAGCCUCGGAAUCGGAAGGCAAGACGGGAAGGACGGGAUAGGGAGAGACCUCGAGGCGGCAAUCCGCGUGCGAUGCGUGGACUUCGACCUUAAGAGCGAGAACCACUACGUGAUCGUGAUUCACGGGACGUUCGACGCGCCGCCGGCCGACGGCGCGCCGACGUGGUACCAGCCGCCGGCGCCCGGCGAGCAGAACUUCUGCCGCAAGCUGAGCCGGCUGCUGGCGGGGGGACCCAUCGGGGAGGACGCCAUCUGGCGCGAGCUGCCGUGCUCCGCGCUCCCGGGAAUACCGUACCCGUUCCACUGGGACGGCACCAACACGCACGCCGGCCGCGUCACCGCUGCGACGAAGCUGCACAAGCUGAUUGACAAAAUUGCUCAGAAAGAUCCGGCGGCUCGGAUACACUUGGUGGCACACUCACACGGCGGCAAUGUGUUGCUCAAGACAAUUGAGCUCUACAUGGCGAAGCUGGGGCGGCGGCAGAAGGACGAGUGGCAUCCGGCGGUUGCGGAGAGCUUUUGGGCAGCGCACAGGCGGGGCUACGAGCUGAUCAAGCGAUGGCGGCGAAUCGACCUGCGUGGGUCAUGGUGGCGCUUCUUCCCCUUCCUUGUUCUGUUCCGAGGCUACAACGGGCAGAAGGCGACGGGUGUGAAGGAGCGCUACCCCUGGGCGUACCAUCAGUGGCUGGACUCGCUUCUCGGGCUGCCAGCAGUGCGGCAGCGGCGCUUCCUGGCCUUCCGCCACGCCACCUCACCCAUCACCAACGCCCUCGGCGCCCUCGUGUUCCUUGGCACGCCCUUCUACAUCAAGAAGUGGGAGAAGAACGGCUUCCUGUGGCUUCUCGUGUUGACGGUGCUGUCGGUGGUGUUUAUGUACAUCUUCAUUCUGGUGUACACGUCCAUCUGGCAGAUCAUAGUGCUGCUCAUUGCUGGCCACCCGGAAAACUUCUAUGGGUCAAGUGCCCCUCCUUUCAUCAUUGCCACUGGGAUCAUGCUACUCAUUAAUGUGAAGCAAAUCAUGGAUGUGCUGCGAACCACGGUGUUCUACAGCGGCAAUCUCUACCACAACCCGGCCUUUGAUUGGUCGCCUGCCAUGUCUGCUCUCGUCAUUCAUGCCGGCAAGCUCGACGAGGCCAGUCUAGCCCUGUCCAUGGAGCCAAUCACGCGUGCCUACGUCUUCCCCCACCUGACAAAACUCCUGAAGCAGACCCCCUGGGCGCCCUUCCCCAAGCCGCCCACGCGCUACGCGCGCCAGGUGGACUGGUGGGCGUACGCCUUCCACUGCGCCAUUAUCAUCGUGUGGGACACUGUCUUCUUCCUCCCGGCUGCUAUCAUGUCGGUGUGCUCGCACAUCGUCGCGCCCAUUGUCACCGGAACCAUUCAGAAGAUGAUUGUUACGGUCAGCUUCGGGCUGUCGCCCGGGGAUCUGAACUUCGCGUAUAUUUAUGUGGAUGAACAACUGGACAUGGAUUUGGCCACGCAGCAAGUCGACCACUGGAAUGUGCAGAAACUCUUGGCAGAAGCCAAGACCAAGUCGCUCAAGGGCGAGCUGAUGCCCGGCUAUGAGGACGACACCGUGGAGCAGCCCGAGUGGCUGGGACCGGUGCUGGAGUCCCCUCACCAGCACCCGCACCCGAUGCACAAGCAGCUUCGCACGCCUCCCAGUGUCGGUUCGAGCUCUGCUCCUGGCUUCGGCCGUGGCCGUGGUGCUGGUGCCGCUGGUACCGCUGGUGUUUCUGGUGGUGCUGCUGGUGCUGCCGGUGGUGGUGCUGGUGCUGGUGGUGAUGGUGCUGGUGAUGGUGGUGCUGGUGAUGAUGAUGAUGGUGCUGGUGAUGAUGGUACAGCUGCUGCCACUGACCUCCCAAGCACCAGAUUAGUUGCCGCAAACACCCCCCCGAGCACCCCUCCAGACCUCCAAGGCACGCACCUGACGCGCACCAAGAGCGCCAUCAGCAGGCGGAGAAGCUUCCGGGAUGUGGUGCUCAGGCGGACGGCGAGCGAGCGGAGCCGGAAGGGGGCCAGAGCGGGGCGGAUGGCCACGCUGGCUGCUGUGGCUGAAGCAGCAGUGGGGGCGCAUGGGAGAGACGAGGUGGAGGGGGGAGAGGGGCGAGGAAGGGGCGAGAGGGAGAGGGUUGAGAAGCGGACGGCUCAUGAAACGUUUGGGGCACGGAGCGAGCCCGGAGGCUCACCUGAAGCAGUCAGAUCUCGAGGGGGCAGCGGCAUACCGGAAGGGGGGAGGUCGCAGGCUGACCAUACUGUAACAGCGGCCCGCUCUGGAGGCAAGCUUAUGAGAAUGCCAAGUGUGGACCGGCCAGAGGAGGAGCAGCAGAGCCUGGACUCCGUGGCAGAGUUUCUGGAAGGGUUGAAGUCACCUCAAGGUGGCAAAGGGUUGAGCUCGCCUCAAGGUGGCAAUGCGGGUAGUAGACUGGCAGACUCGGCUUCCAGUAGCAGUUUUGCCGCCACCGCCGCCGCCGCCGCUGCUGCUGCUGCUGCUGCAGCGAGGCAGCUGCAGCCGCAGCAGCAGGUGGGGUUGACGAAGCCGCCUCUACCACCGCUGCAGCAGAAGCCUCCAGCCUUCCAAACCCUCUCUGCAGUAACCCCCACAUCAUCCCUUCAUGGGGGCGCUAACUUCAUGUCGCCUCGUGAUGGCGCGACCCAUGCCGAAAGAGGAGUUUCAGGGGGAGGGUAUGGAGAUGCAGCAGCACCACCACCACCACUGCCAUCAUCAUCAGCUGCUGCAGCUGGUGCCGCUAUUGGUCCGUCGUUUGCCGCCUCUACCACCGGUCCUCCCCCCCUGGGUAUACCGGCAACUGCAGCGCCAGUAGCACCAGAAGACAGCGACAGGGAAAAGCUUGUAUACGAAUUUCUAUGGGACGAUAAAGAGCUAGCGCUGGUGGCGGAGCAGUCGCAGACGUUCCAGCGGCUCAAGUCCCAAAUGGCGACCAUCGGGCGCAACCCGCGGCUGAGCGAACGGGAGUUUGAACGGCAGCUGCAGCAGCUGUGCGUGAUGAUUGAGGAGCGCGUGGGCGAGCUGACGGGGCGCUUUGACCUCAACCACGGCGCGUACUUCCGCGACCCGCGCAUCCUGCGAGUGAUAGCGCACUUCAUAGAGAAGCGCGAGCUGCCCGAGUGGUCCAAGGGGAUUGAUGGGGAUAUUUGGCGCUGGAACGAGCACUUAGCUAAGAUCCAGUCUGAGCAUUUACUCCAGAUGGCCUCGGGGGGUGGAGGGGGGGGAGUGGGAGGGAAGGGAGUGGAGGGCUCUUCAAGGGAUAAGGAGUUGGCUGGUUCGAGCAGUGCGGCGAAGCUGAAGCUGUUGCUUAAGAAUAUUCGAGGAGGGAGCGGGAGGGAAGGUGGGUCGAAGGCAUCCUCACGUAUUCGUACCGCCAGCUCUGAGAGUUUGGACAUGAUUGCUGGCUUUGUUGAUGGCUUGGUAGGCUCGGAAGGAGGCUCGGAAGGAGGCUCGGCAGGAGGCUCGGAAAGAGGCUCGUCAAAUUUCGGCAACGUGGGCAAGGCAGUCAGUUUCAGCGUUCAUGGGAUGUCCCGGCCGAAGCUCGACUUACCGAACCUGAAACCCGAGGCUAUUGCCGCCCCGAUUCGGAAGAUCAAAUCCACGGUGGCCAGUGUAGCGUCUACAGUAGCAUCUACAGUCGCAUCUACUGUGAAUGUUGCAUUGCAACAUGGAGAUACAGUGUUACCAGUCCAAAAUCCACAGCAGCAGCUGCAGCAGCUGCAGGAACGAUUGAGGGCGACAGACGGGAGCAGCCGAAGCAGCGACCGACUGAUUGGUAGCAGUGGCAGCGGUGGCAGCGGUGGCAGCCGAGGCACUGUUGGGGAUGGGAGCGGAUGCAGUAGUGUUAGUAUAACUAUUGCCGAGGCUGAGGGUGAGGGUGAUGAUGGUGGUGGUGGUGGCAACAGAUGAAGGAUGCAUGUUUUAUAAGGGCGUGUUCGAAGGCCGCCAGCCAAACUCGCCUCCAGUGAGGCACACGGUACAGUGCGAUGCGCGUUUCAAUGCGGUGUGAGCCGAAUCUGACUGGAGGCUUCUCUGACAUAGCUACAGACAAGCCCUAGGAACCACUCUAAUUAUUGACUACGUUAAUAUAACCCCAUGCAUGGUGUGUUCAUUUUGUUGCUAGAAUCUUUCAGAGUAACGAAUUGAACUAGAAUGUGAGAUACAUGCUAACUAGGCAGCCAUACUUGUGCCAACAUUCAAGUAUGAUGCAUAUUCGCUCUCGUGCCGGACAUUCCUUCUAGAAUAAUUUCGUCGUGCACAACGGCUCGUCGUGCCAGCCCUGCGCGCGCGACGUGCCGAAAAAAAACAGCCGCACAUGCGGCACUGCUGGUCAGACGCGCGAGCCACCCACGUGGCACGCGCGGCUGGCGAAAUCCCGCCGGCGCGUGGGCGGUGUCGACGGUCGGUACACCAGCCGCCCGCAUGACCGCGUCAACAGUGACGCCCAGCACGCCAAACGAACCGCACCGGCCGCUGGCACUGGCGCACCCUGCGCACAUUACAUGUCUUCAUAAAAAAGCAUUGUAACUAGCUGCUGUCAUUUCCUUUCUCACCCGUUUUCUUGAUUCUUUCGUUUAUCAUUUUCCAUGGCAGAAUCAACAAAUGGACGCCGCAACUCGGGACAGAGGUGCAUUGCUGAUGCACAGAGGGCUUCCGUGGGAGAGUAAGGACCGAUGGGUCUGUCGAUGGGCCAAAGGGCCAUGUAUACUGCGGGAAUAAGGACCAGCGGGUCCGUUGAUUGGCCGGAUGGCCGUUUCCCAUGGGGGAAUAAGGACCUACGGGUCUGUUGAUUGGCCGGUUGGCCGUUUCCCAUGGGGGAAUAAGGACCAUUGGGUCCGUUGAUUGGCCGAUUGGCCGUUUCCCAUAUGGGAAUAAGGACCAGCGGGUCUGUUGAUUGGCCGGUUGACCGUUUCCCAUGGGGGAACAAGGACCAGUGGGUCCGUUGAUUGGUCGGUUGGCCAUUUCCCAUGGAAAAAUAAGGACCAGCGGGUCCGUCAAUUGGCCGGUUGGCUGUUUCCCCAGUAGGGAACAAGGACCAGUGGGUCCGUUGAUUGGCCGAUCGGCCGUUUCCCAUAGGGGAAUAAGGACCAGCGGGUCCGUUGAUUGACCGGUUGGCCGUUUCCCAUGGGGGAACAAGGACCAGUGGGACUGUUGAUUGGCCGGUUGGCCAUUUCCCAUGGAAAAAUUAUGACCAGCGGGUCCGUCAAUUGGCCGGUUUGCUGUUUCCCCAGUAGGGAACAAGGACCAGUGGGUCCGUUGAUUGACCGAUUGGCCGUUUCCCAUAGGGGAAUAAGGACUAGUGGGUCCGCUGAUUGGCCGGUUGGCCGUUUCCCAUGGGGGAACAAGAACCAGUGGGUCCAUUGAUUGGCCAGUUGGCCGUUUCCCAUGGAAAAAUAAGGACCAGCGGGUCCGUCAAUUGGUCGGUUUGCUGUUUCCCUAGUAGGGAAUAAGGAUCAGUGGGUCCGUUGAUUGGCAAGCGGGUAAUUUUAUAGUGUUUGCCUCAUACUUAUGUGUGUCAUUUCCCACAUUCCAGAGAACUAGGACCAUGAUCCUGUUUACAACCGCCAAAGGGCAGAGGAUUCUCCCAUUCUCUACACCUUUGAUAGUGAAUAUUG